AAACCUCAAUAUGCAAACUCCACACUUAUCUUGCUCAAAUUUUGGUAAUUGCAAUCAAUGUUCCAAUUGACUCUGAGAGAUUCAGAGAGAACUGGUCUCUCAAAGCCCCUCCAGUAUAAAUGAAGACUUGUUCAGCAUUGGUACUGCAAAGAAUCUGAUUAAUUACAAGGUCAUUUCAGAGGGAAGAAAUAAGGACAAUUCUAAGAGUUUCAAGAGGCCUGAGUCUCUUAAUGUAUCCAAAUCCUCCCAAAUACUGAGCUUCAAGAAGCACCAUUCUGAACGAUCACCAACUUUUCAUAAUACUGAUACAGUGUCAAAAGUGUCUAAAAAGUCAGUUGACUUGGAUCCCAUUAGGACAAGGGGGGAGAAGGUUGCCCAGCCAUUGGGAAGCCUAAAAGGAAAAUUUGACUUAAAACCCUCAUGCUACAACGACAGAUACGUCACUAAGUACAACCAGGACGCUAUAAACUCUGAAUACAACUACUUCACAAUGAAAGCUAACCUAAAUAACAGUCCUAAAAUCCCAGCCAGUCCUGCCAAAACCCUCUUUUUCCCAACUUCUCAGCCAAACUCGCCUGUUAAGUUUCAGAAUUUGCCGGUGAGGAAUAGGGGGAGUCUGGAAUCGCCCCUCUUGAAGAGGAAGAGGUCGCUUGAGUGACCGACGGUGGGGUUGUUUAUGAAGAGGGCUUGCUCUGAAGUGAAGAAACCGAUCAGUCCUUGCAAAGGAGGCCCAAUCCUUCAACUAAAAAUGUGCCCAAAAGCACAACAUUCUUCUACUAAAAGGACUUCCAGAAGUUCAUUCAAGGUUUCCAAUCCUUCCGAUGAUCAUUCAGAGAUAGCAUCUCCUCUGAUAAUAAAACCCAAAAGUCUUCGUGUCCUCCUCUCAGACAUCAACACCAAAAAGAAACAAGUGAACAAGUUAAUAAAGGAACAGAAAUUACGUAGAGAAAAGGAGAGAAUUUUUGAACAGAAAGUUAAGGAGAAAGCUAGCCAGAAGAAAGAUGUGAAAAUGGGGAAGUUGAUUGAGAGGAUUAAGCAGAAGGAUGGCGAGGUUGAUGGAGCUGAUUUUAUUGAAAGGCUUGAUAGGAUUAAUAGUAGAGUGGAUAGAUUGAAGAUGAGAGGGCUUAGAAUCAUUAUUCACCAUCAUUUAAGAAAGAAGAAUACUGUUGGGAAGGGGAAAGAUGGAAUGAAGUUAAGAAGAAGACUAAGUCUAAUAGAGAGUCCUUUAUAAGUAUUAAUAGGGAUCUGAGAAUAUUUGCGAAUAUUUUUUACC